AAUAGUGUCGUCGAUGAUAAAUAUUGGAAACUAAUGAAACAAAAUAAUGAAAAAUCUUCCAUUUGACUUAACUCACACAGCGUGAAAACCGUCUUUGUCGUUUCCCCCUCCUCUUUAUAUGCUAUUUCACUCGCUUGAAUUUCAAGGAAUCUUUGUAGUUCAUUGGUACAAUAGGCGCGAACUCGUUACGCUUGAACAUUUGUACAAGAUUACAAAGCGUUUACAUUUUUCUGUAUUAAUCUUGUUUUUUCUCUCAGUUUUCAUAAUAUUUUCGAAAAUGCUUGGCGAUCUAAAAAAGUGCUGUGUAAUUAUUCCGCAACGAUGGAUUUUUGCAUUAAUGUGCUUUUUAGCGCUAUUCAAUGCGUAUGCUAUGCGCGCAUGCUUAUCAAUUGCGAUAACGGAGAUGGUUGUACCAAUAACAGUUCCAGAAGCUGUUCAAGAUGAAACUUGUCCGUCGAUGGAUGUUAAAUUACCAAUUAAUCAAACAAAACAUUUUGAAGGAACCUAUGAAUGGGAUGAAUAUACUCAGGGUCUGAUACUUUCGUCCUUCUAUUGGGGAUACAUUAUCACUCACUUACCUGGUGGCAUGAUUGCUGAUAAAUAUGGCGGCAAAUAUACUCUAGGAAUUGGGAUCUUGCUGACCGCUAUAUUCACCCUCCUCACUCCACUGGCUGUUUAUUGGGGCGAAUCCAAUGCCCUUAUAGCUCUACGAAUAUUAAUGGGUCUCGGCGAAGGUACUACCUAUCCGGCUAUAAACGUCCUACUGGCCCAAUGGACACCACCCGAAGAAAGAUCCAGAACGGGCUCGUUCGUAUAUGCCGGAGCUUUGAUUGGCACAAUCUAUGCGACGAUGGUAUCUGGAUUAAUUCUUUAUUAUUCUAACACGGGUUGGCCAACUGUUUUUUACGUUAUUGGCACCACCAGUAUAAUAUGGUUCGUAAUUUGGCUUUUGGCUUGCUACAAUAAUCCACGAGAUCAUCCCUUCAUCUCGAUAGACGAGGUUAACUAUCUAAAGGAGCGUAUGAGCAAGCACACACACGACGAGCCAUCGUCAGUCCCUUGGAAACUAAUAUUAAUGUCGAAGCCAUUGUGGGCUGUAAUAAUUGCGCUAAUUGGAUUCAACUGGUCGAUUCUUACGAUAGUCACGGACUUACCAAAGUACAUGAGUGGCGUAUUAAAGUUUUCCGUGCAAAAUAAUGGAUAUCUUACGUCGUUUGUGUAUCUGUGCAUGUGGAUUGGUGGCACGGCAAGCUCUUGCCUCGCUGAUUAUUUAAUAACUAAAGAUUACGCUUCCAUAACGCAAGUUCGAAAGCUCGGCUCGAUCUUGGCUUUACCUGCUUCCGCAUCCUUCAUCGUAGCCGCCUCGUAUGCCGGAUGUGACCGGGUACUCGUUAUUGGAAUGUUUACCAUAGCGAUGUUAUUAAUGGGAACGGCCUUUCCCAGUGUAAUGGUCAAUGCUCUCGACCUCAGUCCCAAUUAUGCUGGUACACUAAUGGCUCUGACCAAUGGCUUAUCAGCGCUCACGGGGAUCGCCUCCCCCUAUAUCAUUGGUAUUAUAACGCCUAAUCAGACACUCAGCGAAUGGCGAUUAGUUUUUUGGAUUUUAUUUGGAAUGUCAGUGAUCAGUAAUUUGAUUUUUUUGAAAUAUGGUAGUGGUAAGGUCGAAGACUGGAAUGAUCCUAAAUUUAUUCGCGUAAGAAGUAGAAAGAGAGAGUCAUUUGAAGAAAUUAAUAUGUAAA